CAUGGAUAGUAGUUCUUCUUCAUCUUCUUCUAAAGGAAAAAAAGUCAUGCAAUUAGAGAAAGAAAAUGGCAAGGAUAGUAAUGAUUUGAUCAAAUAUCGAGGCGUUCGGAAGCGUACGUGGGGGAAAUUUGCAGCGGAGAUACGUGACCCAACGAGACAAGGAGCUCGCCAAUGGCUCGGGACGUUUGAUACGGCCGAGGACGCGGCGAGGGCCUAUGACAAGGCAGCAUUUAACCUAAGGGGACAUCUUGCUACUUUGAAUUUCCCAAAUGAGUAUUAUUCUAAGCUUAAUGAUCCACAUUAUUAUAAUUAUCGUACUUCAUUAAAUGUUAAUACUCCAAGUAGAAGUUUAGAGAGGGGAAUCUCAUCAAUUGGUCAUCAAGACAAAGAUAUCAUUGAGUUUGAGUAUCUUGAUGAUAGUGUGCUAGAGGAACUUCUUGGAGCAGAAGACCCAAAAAAGAUGAUAAGAAAGUGAGGUUUAUAUGUUUUGUAAUUUUUAAAUUUUAAGUUAUCAUCGUGUCGAGAUGAACCUU